AUGCUCAAAAUUUUCAGAUAGGCUAAUUUAUUCAAGCCUUAAUUCAUGAGAAGAUAUGAUUAGGCUAAUUCUCCUUUACAUAUUGCAAUUGGAGACACAUCUGAAUUAAGAACAAAGCUAUUUCCAGAGAAAAGGAGAAUCCCAGGAAGAAAAGGCAAAAUAAUCUUAGCAAUAGGUGUUCUAUUCUAAGUAUGGGGCAUAAUGCAUAUAGUUGAAGUGAGAAGACAAUUCAAGUAUAAUUGAAUUUGUUAAAUAAAUUAGACGCAAAGAAUUAGAGUUGAAAAAGAUGCAAAGAAAAUCUUUACCAUUUUAUUAAGCUAUGCAAGAUAUUAGAUAUUUGGCAGCAGAAGAUAAAAGGAAUAUAUUGAUAGAAGAAUUGUUUGCUGAACAUGGAUCUGAUUAUAUUAAAUAGAUUACAGACAUCUAUUUCUAAAAAGAUGUGUGGUAUGAUAAUCAUAUUAAAUAUAUAGGGUUCCAUUUAAGAAGAGAGCUGCUCAUUAAUAUACCAGAGCAACAAAGGAUCCAUAUCCUUAUUUCGAUAUUCCAGGAUCACGUUUCUUACAUGGCUACGACGUAUACAACAUUUGAU